AUGUCAACUGAAUCUCCGAUACCUGAUCCAACUCCAACACCAUUACCAGAAGAAACAGAUCAAAUACCAACAACAGGAGAAAUUGAAGAUGACAAUAUAAAAAUAGAUGAACCAGAACCAACACCCGAGAUAGAUAUAACAAAAUUACAACAAGAAUUUCAAGAAAAAGCUCAACAAUAUUUAGCUGAUCAAUCUCAACAUAUUAUAAUCCCAUCAUUUGCAAAAUGGUUUGAACUAAGUAAAAUCCACGCAAUUGAAAAAAAAUCAUUCCCUGAUUUCUUUGAUGAUGAAGCAGUUUAUAAAACUCCACAAAAUUAUAAAUAUAUUCGUGAUUUCUUAGUUAAUACAUUUAGAUUAAAUCCUAAAGAAUAUUUAACUAUAACAAGUGUUAGAAGAUCAUUAUCUGGUGAUGUAACAUCAAUAAUAAGAAUUCAUCAAUUCUUAGAAAAAUGGGGUUUAAUUAAUUAUCAAAUUGAUCCAAAAACGAAACCUUCAUUAUUGGGUCCAAAAUUUACUGGUCAUUUUCAAAUAAAUUUAGAUACUCCUGAAAAUAUAAUACCUUAUGUUCCAGAUAAUGUAGAAAUUAUAAAAAACAAUAAUCCAAGUGAAAUUAUUAAAACAGAAGAACCAAUUGAAUUUAAUAUGGAAAUAAGAAGAGAUAUUUAUCAAACUGGGGAGAAAAAAAUUGAAUUUAGACCUCAAAGUUCAGCUCAUUAUUCAUGUAGUAUAUGUGGCAAAGAUGCUACUGAAAUAAGAUAUCAUAAUUUAAAAAUCAAAACUUAUUCAUAUAAUCAAAAUACAAAUAAUUCAAGUAUAUUAUGUUCAAUUUGUUAUGAUCAAGGUUUAUUCCCACUGAAUUUUACUUCAUCAGAUUUUAUAAAAUUUCAUAAAUUAGAAGAUUCACAAGAAUGGACAGAACAAGAAGUUUUAUUACUUUUAGAAGGUAUAGAAAUGUAUGGAACUCAUGAUCCAACAUCGAUUGCAAACAAUAAAAUAAAUAUAAAUUCAAAUAAUCAAUGGGAUAAAAUUAGUGAACAUGUAGGAACAAAGUCAAGGGAAUAUUGUCUUAAGAAAUUUUUACAAUUACCUAUAGAGGAUAAAUUUUUGACAAAACUAGUAAAAGAUGAAUCAACAACAGAUAAAAAAUCAUUAGUUGAAGAAGUAGUUAAAAAAUUAAUCCAAUCAAAAGAAGGUUCCCAACUUUUACAACAAAAUGCAUCAACAAAUACUCAACAUUCAAUAGAAGAACAAUCAAGUUUAAUUAAUCAAAUAGUAGAAUUAACAAUUGAAAAAGUUAAUUUAAAAUUAAAUGCUAUAAAUAAUUUACAAAAUUCAUUAAUAGAUGUAACUAAUCAAUUAAAUCAAGAAAGGAAAACAAACCUUUUAGAAAGAUGGUCAAUGAUUAAUAAAAUUGAAAAAUUGAAAAAGGAAAAACCUGAAUUAUCUGAAUUACUUAAUGAUAUAUUAAAACCAAAUAAAAUAUUUGAAUUAGAUUCAAACACCAAUACUAUUACCACAACAUCAACAACAACAACAACUAAUAAUGAAGAUAAUAUGCAAAUUGAACCAACAACAGAAACAAAUGGAGAUAUAGAAACUAUACCAAUAAGUGUAACAAAACCAAAAAGUUAUACAUUUUGGUCAGGUUAA